AUGGCGACACUCAUUGUCAACAAGAUUCAUAUGACAUUCGGUCAGCGCGGGAUUGCGAUUAUCGGUCCUCUAUGCCACAUCAUUCCGUUUGUGAUUAUGGCCCUCCACCCGCCCUGGCCGGCCAUGUUGGCUGUCUACGUGCUUGUUGGCUUGGGCAAUGGCCUCAUCGAUGCGGCAUGGAAUUCCUGGAUUGCGGAUAUGGCCAGUGCGAACACUGUGAUGGGGCUCCUUGCCGCAUUCUAUGGCCUCGGCGCAACCUUGAGCCCACUGAUCGCGACCCAGAUGAUCAAGUCCGGCCUUCGCUGGAACUUUUUUUAUUAUACGCUGCUGGGCGGGUCUGUCCUGGAACUAUUGGCAGGUUCUACUCUCUUCUGGAAAGAGAAUGCAGCCAGCUUCAGAGCCAAAAACCGCAGAAGCCCCGAUAGCACUGGUGGAAGCAGAACUACAGAGGCUAUGAAGAGCCCCAUUACCUGGCUGAUAGCCGUCUGGCUGUUUGUGUACAUGGGAGUCGAAGUGUCGGUGGGUGGCUGGGUCGUCGAUUUCAUGGUGCAGGUCCGUGAUGGAAAGCCAUACGAGUCGGGACUGGUUCCAACCGGGUUUUGGGCUGGCGUCACCGUGGGCCGCCUUGUACUCGGUUUUGUGAACGAGUGGUUGGGAGAGCGGAUUGCGGUCAGCAUUUAUCUGACUAUUUCAAUUGCGCUGGAGCUGGUAUUUUGGCUGGUACCAAAGUUCGUCGUGUCUGCAGUGGCUGUCUCGCUGCUCGGCUUCUUUACCGGCCCCCUCUUCCCCGCGGUGAUUGUCGUGGCGGCAAAGCUGCUCCCGAAGCAUCUCCAUACCCCAGGCAUUGGGCUUGCGUCUGCGUUGGCUGGCGGGGGUGCAGCAAUAGAGAGUGCGUUGUACAAAAUAUGGAGGAGAAUACCUACCUUGGUAAUGCCCGGAGUGGGCGUAUCGAUCGAUAAAACCACUCCUUUGCCACUACACUUUCAAAGAGAAUAUCCAUCUAGCCUUCCCUCUCGUCGACACAUCACCAUACGUCCCAAAUCCCGCAGCGACUUUACAGUCGCGAUCAUCUGCGCCCUUCCGAUUGAAGCCGAAGCUAUUGAGGAGCUCUUCCACAAAACAUAUGACACCCUGAGCCAAUUCUACGGCAAACAACAAGGCGACGACAACACCUACACCACGGGCGGCCGCAUAGGAAAACACCACAUCGUGCUGUGCUACAUGCCAGGGAUGGGCAACCGCAACGCCGCCAGCAUCGUCUCCAGCCUAAAAAUAAGCUGCACGCGCAUCGAAGUCGCGCUAGCCGUGGGAAUCUGCGGCGGCGUGCCCUUCCGGCGAAACAACUAA